AUGUCUUCUAUGCAAGAAGCAAUUGCAAAGUCUGUGGCUCAAGCCAUAAGCAACUCAAAACCCAGUGAGAAGACUCAUUUAAUUAGUACUCCUUCAGACCAGUUCUGGUCAUCUGUGGAGUCUGAACGGAACCUAGCUCAAGGUUUUAGGAGGUCUGGGAAGGCCACCCAGAAAUGCAAAUAUUGCUUUGACGGUCCUGCAGAAUCCCCUGGCGGCUCUAAGCCACUUAAGAUAGGGAAGGACCAAGACAAGAACACAAUGCGUGUCUCACGCAAAACUGAAGAGUGUUCCUCUGCUCGUGAGGAAGACAAACGAGCUUGGAAGGCCAUUCACAGGAGCAAACCUGACUCCUAUAAAACCUCCUCAGAUAGUGACUCAUCUUCAAUCUCAGGGGAUGAAAAAUCUGACUCUGAUUCUGCCUCAAAUUAUUCAUAUAUCUCAGAGACACCUGAGCUUAUCUCUAAAUCUGAUGAAGAGAAUAUUAUUUUGGAUUUUAAUGGUAAACCAUUAUUCGACCCAGACCAUAUUAAACACCCCAGGUCAGCCGAAUGGGUCCCUAUGGCUCAUCUUGAAUACUGGUUGAAGAAAGCCCUUGACCAAGCGGCUAGAAAUAAACUAAGAGCUGAAUGCCAUAGACCGACCUUGUCAAAGAAAGUCGCACAGACCCCUGAUCUAGAUCCCACUAUUGUACAAUUUUUAACAAAAUCAGGGAAGAACCCAAAUAAAGGUCUUGACAGAUCACUAAAAUCUUGUCAAGAUAAAUUAAUGGACAUUUCUGGUUCUGUGGCUAAAAUGUUUGAACAUGCGAAAGCUUCUGGGAAUCCUCCCAGCAUUGAUACUUUGAGAGGCUGA